AUGGCGGAAAACAACAGCCAUAACGAGCUCAUUACUGAGUUCUGCGCCGUAACCAGUGCUUCAGCUACAGAUGCCCAGCAAUACCUGGAAGCAAACAGGUGGGAUUUGUCAGGUGCGGUUGCUGAGUACUUCACUGCUCAUGAAGAAGGUAUUGCGGGAGCACAAGAAGGCGGGGAGGAAGAUCCACAAGAGGCUGAAGCAUAUACGGGCCCCCGAACUUUGGACGGCAGACCUGCACCAGCAUCAAUUCCCACUGUUGGUUCAAGCUCGAGAUCUGCUGCUCCACCAAAGAGAGGAGGUAUUGCAACACUGGGAUCAAUAGGUCAAUCUUCAGGCGGCGGAGGCCAUGGCCACGCACACGAUGAUGACGAUGACUCUGAUGAUGAGGAUUUCAAGCCAUCUGAGCAGCCAAGAGAUUUAUUCGCUGGAGGCGAGAAGUCAGGUUUGGCUGUUCAGGACCCCAAUAAUAGAAAUGAUCCCAGAAAGGUUGUGAAUGACAUCCUGAAGAAGGCUAGAACAAAUUCUCAGAGACCUGGGGGCGGAGAACCCUCUUCAUCUGCCUCUACCUCUCGCUUCCGUGGCUCAGGCCAAACCCUCGGUGGCGACGAUACCCCUUCCCAAACAAUUCCCGAUCCUCGACCUCGGGCACGAGACCCAGGCCCAGUCCAAACACGGGUUCUACAUCUCUGGGAGGAUGGUUUCAGCAUUGAAGAUGGCGAGCUCCGCCGCUUCGACGACCCCCAAAAUGCCGCCGAACUACAAAUGAUCCGCCAAGGCCGCGCUCCUGUUCACCUAAUGGGAGUCGCAACAGAACAACCAGUCGAUGUCCAGCUCAUAAAGCACGAAGAAAACUACAAGCCCCAACCCAAAGUCUACAAGCCAUUCUCUGGCGGAGGACAACGAUUAGGCAGCCCCACCCCAGGAGCCUCUUCAUCUACCACUACGACCUCUACCCCAGCUCCAGCGGCAGUUGCAUCGACCAGCAGCUCCGUCCCCGAACCCGAAAUCGACACCUCGGUACCCACCGUCUCCCUCCGAAUUCAACUCGCCAACGGCAGCCGUCUCCCCGCGCGCUUUAAUACCACCCAAACAAUCGGCGACGUCUACGAGUUUAUCAGCCGCGCUACUUCAGACUCCAACGUGAGACCAUGGGUUCUGGCUACGACUUUCCCGAGCAAGGAUCAUACUGAUAAGAGCUUGGCGUUGGGAGAUGUUGCGGAGUUUAAAAGGGGUGGAACGGCGGUUCAGAAGUGGACCUAA